AUGUUUCGUUGCUCGCAGUGUGACAAGUCAUACCAGAGAAAAGCGCAUCUGCUGCGCCACGAGUUGACACAUUCCGGCCAGGCCGCUUCCGUGUGCCCCUUUUGCAAGAAGUCUUUCUUGAAACCGGAGGUUGCUCGACGACAUAGUAAAGCAUGUGCGAUCAAAUACAACCAACAGCCCGCCCCGGCAGCCAAACCCGGGCGGAAAAGGCAGUCCUGCGAUCAAUGCUUCGCCACGAAAAGAGCGUGUGACAAAGGUUCACCAUGCUCUCGCUGCCAAUCACUCGGCCAGCAAUGCACAUUCGAGUCUCAGCAAGAAUCUUCAAUUGGAAGUCCUUGCCCGACUGAUGUCUCACUAUCGCCAUCAGUGCAAUCGCCCACUCCAUCAAAGGAGGAAUCGCAGUUUUCGUUCCUUCGGCAUUUCACUGACCCCUGUGUGGAGAGAGACAGACUCGCAAUCGGAACAACAGCAGAAUGUUCUGUGCGGAGAAAUCUGGAAAGCCUCUAUUCCCAUCUCGAGGAUGCAUUGGUACCGCCCGAUCCUAUGGCGGCUAAUUUCGGUGAUAUCCCUGGUGCCGAAAUGUUCUUCCGUCCUCCAUUGAUCACGGAUGAAUAUUUCCCUACUGAUCUUCUAAGCUACGGUCCUACAAAAUUAUCAGAGCAGCUACACGAACUAAUGAUGGAACUAAUUGAGACCUCUAAAUCAAUGAGACCUGACGACACUGAGGAUCCCCAGCUGCAACUCGAUAUUGCACAGCUGGCUCCACUAUUCACAGUAUCUAACGUUGCGAUCUUUAUCUCAGUGUUUUUCCAUUCUCUUUAUUGGCACCUACCAGUGGUGCAUUUUCCCACAUUCGACCCGGGCAAUGUUUCUAACCCACUGUUGCUCUCAAUCUUCUUAACUGGUGCAACAUAUAGUAGCUCAUUGGAUGAAGCGGCACUAUUACCCAGGGUUCUUGACGUGGCCGAAGAGCAUGUAUUCCGAAAGAUCACAACCCUAUCAACACAGGUUGCCCCACCCACUCACGACCUCACACGCCAAAUACCUACGAUUCAGCUCCUCCAAGCUGCGCUAAUCAUCGAAAUGCUCCAAUUUGGCCAGGAACGCGUUGAAACAAGACGACGCAUUCGUAUCAUCCGUCAUCCAAGUCUGGUAUCUCUUAUGCGUUGCUUGGGAAUUUUCCAGCUGAAGCGGUCUGCACCCCCCACAGUCUGCACUGGAGAUGAUAGUACAUGGAGAGCAUUAGUCACAGAGGAAGUCUGUAUACGACUUGCUUCUUGGGUCUUCCUGGCAGACGGCUUCCUUACGGUGUGCUUCAAAAACCGACCCACCAUAUCUAUUUUCGAGAUGGAAUGUCCCUUCCCAUGGAGAACAGAGCUAUGGGAAGCCGAGAAUGCAUCUGCCUUUAGUCGCAUCGCUGCAACGGAUGAAGCCAAGCUGCCUAUGCCUUCUGUAAGGGAAGCAAUCCGGCUGUUACUCGAUAAUUCCGAGCCUGGGCCCUUGCCGUCCAGCCUCCCCCUUUCCGCAGAGCAUCUAUUGAUCAUGAUAUACGCAUUGAAUUCCCUGGCAUUCCUAGCCAGAACCGACUUCUUCGGCUCUGUACCACUCAAGAAAAUCAAAUCAGCCGCCAACAAAUGGAAGCAGAUAUGGAACUCCGUAUAUCAGGAUUCAAACAACGACCAAAUGCUCCUACUGGGAUAUCCCAAACACGCAGAAGAGCUGUGGCUCCUAUUAACAACGAUGCUUGACAUCGCCACCGAGAAUUCCACGAAGCUCCCGUAUCUGGACAACGCCGCGACAGAUGAUCUGGGGAAACUGAACGAAUUCAUUCAAUGGUGUUGUAGAGAUACAUAA